CUCAAUUUUAAUACUAUGCCGCUUAUCCUACCACUCUCUCUUCGGACUCCCCCCUUCCCAAAAUUCUUCUUCACUCCCUUACCGCCACCUUACCAUCUCCGCCCUCUGCCUCCUUCUUCAACUUUCCUAUCUCUCUCUAUCACCAACUUCAACCCUUCCUCCAUUAGCGUCAGCCUCGCCUUCUUCAUCUCCUACAACGACCACUCCCUCGAUGAUCCCGACUCCUCCUUAGGCUUCAACGACAACCAUGUUGGCAUCGACCUCAACAGCGUCGUUUCAGCUGAAGCUACCGAUUUGGGUCUCCUACUCCAGUGUCAAGUCCAAAGAUCUCAUUUUGAAGUUGAAUCUCGAGUUGGGUCUCCUACUCCACUGUCUUUGUCGCCCUUAACAGACUAACUCAGCCACACUCUUCACCGCCUCGAAUUUCCUGUUUCUAUUUUCUUCCUUUGCUCUCUAUUCUUGUUCGAUGUUCUUAUUUUGUUCUUCCAAUUUUUUUAUUUUUAUUUUUGAAGAACAUAUGCAUCAAUGUUUUUAUUUUUUUUUGUUCUGAGAUCUUUAAAUUAGAAUAAAUUUUGAGCCUGUGGCUGCACAUGCCUCGCUUCUCUACUUCACUGCUUUGCUUCUUCUAAAGCUUCACCACCGCCUCUCCUUAUCAUGGUGGUUAGUCCCUUUUUAACCUAGUUAAUUCAAGUAAUCCGUUUGAAUUAUCGCUAAUGUUUGAUUAAUUUGCUUGGUUGCGUCUACAUUAUCCCUAAUAACAUGUGUAUGUCUGAAUUACAAUUUAAAUAGUAAGUUUUUAAACAUUAUACUGUGUUAUAGCAUUGCUGGUAAUUUAAUAGAGAUGGAAUAAAAAAUAUAACUUUUGAGUUGUUGUCAUUAAAUUGUUGCUGCCAAGUUUCUUUCCUCUAUUUUCACUUUAAAAUUGAGUUGUUGUUGCUAUUGUUGGAGUUGUUUGGAUGAAGGGGUGGUGUUGUGAUGGGUUUAGAUUGAUGGAUAGAUGAAGAAUGGCGUGGUAGUGGUAGUUGUGAUGACUGAUGAUGCAGGGGGUUAGCGGUGAGAAUGGGGAGGAUUUUUUAUUUUUGUUUAAGGACAAAAUUGUUCGAAAAAUAUUAUUUAUGAACAAAUGGACAAUUUUAUAAUGUUUUGUAACGUUGAGGAUGAUUUUAAUAAAAAUUAAUUUGGAACUAAAAAAUGUAUAUAUAUAUUUUAAAUUAAUUUUAAUAUUAUGUUAUAUUAAUUAUAAGUUUAUUGUUUUAUUUUUAAUCACAUCUGUUGAAUUAGAAAAUAGAUCAAAGAAGCAUCAAAUUAGAAUUUAUGGACAAAUUUAAAUUCAAAUAUGGAUAUCAAUUUUUCGGUCACAAGUUUUUUUUUUAUAAAUUAUUGCUAAAGCUUUAAAGACUCGAUUUUCAUCCGAUCUGAAUUCGGUAUAGUUGUGGUCCGAAAAUGUUUAAGUUUCAUCAGGUUUAAAACCGAGUUAAGGUCUAAAAAAUAGACAUAGACACAUAGUGUAUAUUUAGGGUCCAAUCUAACCCAGGACAAACCUGAUUUUACCAGACCCAUGAACACCUCUAUUAUAUUGUAUGAUGAUGACCCUACUUUAAAUUACCGUACUGAGUACUGACACAUUUUAGCCUCACAGGUCACAACUCACAACCACCAUUAUUAUUGCAGCAUUGAUAUCAUAUUAUGAUGAUCGUACAUUAAAUUAUAUACUUAGUUAAUCUCCACAAAGACUAGUUUCCGUUGGUCACACUUUAGAUUUUUGAAUACCCCACCUAUUUUCAUCCUUCAAAGAAGAAGAUAAAAAUGAAGUCAACUGCAAAGUCAGCUAUGCACUCCACUGCAUACAAUUAUUGCUGAAUACCUUUACCUUGCAGCAUUAUUGCAAUAUUGCUCUCUCUUCCUUACAUUCUCAAAAUCCAAUCACUCACUCAUUCGUUUCAUUUUUUUCUGAUCUGUAUCAUACCAAUGGCUGAAGCACUUGUGGUUGGAGCUUUAGUUUCUGGCUUCGCCAACGUUGUUCUUGACCGGCUCAUUUCACGUGAGUUUGUCGGCUUGGUGGUGGGCAAGAAGCUGGACCGGAAGUUGGUUGACAGGCUGAGGACUGCUAUCUUGGCUGCCAAAGCUCUGGCUGCUGACGCUGAGCAGAAGCAGUUUGGACACGAACUCGUUAGAAAGUGGCUUGAUAGUCUCAAGGAUGCUCUCUACACUGCUGAUGACUUGCUGGACCGUGUCUUCAUCAAAGCUCAAAUUCACAACAAGACACGCAUUCAUCGUCCUGGCUUCCUUGAUUUGUCUGGUAGGAAGAUGGUGACUAAGAUAGAAGAGGUGAUUGAAAGAAUAGAAGAUCUUGAGAAACGCAAAGAUAGCCUUGGUCUCAAAGAGAUUCCAACGGGUAGCUCCUCAUGGCGACCUCCAUCCACUUCUCUUGUCAAGGGGAAUUUGUUCGGCAGGGAUGGUGACCAACAGGCAUUAAUCAAGAUGCUACAUGACAACAAUGAUCAUCAGCUGUCUGUGAUCUCUAUUGUUGGUAUGGGAGGGGUUGGUAAAACAGCUUUAGCCCGAUGGCUGUACAACAAUGAGGCUUUGAUGAAGGAGUUUGAUCCGAAAGCAUGGAUUUGUGUUUCUGAAAAUUUUGAUGUUGUUGAGACUACAAAGAAUGUUAUAAAGGAGAUCAAUUCAGGUGAUUGUAGUCUUGACAGCUUCGAAUCUCUUCAACAAGAUUUGAAGAAAACACUGUCAGAAAAGAAAUUCUUCAUUGUUUUGGAUGAUGUUUGGAGUGAAGAUGCUGACAUGUGGAAUAGUUUUAUCAACCCUUUUCAACAUGGGAGAAAGGGGAGCACUAUUCUUGUAACUACCCGCAAGGUAGAUGUUGGUCGAAUAGUCCAACACUAUAACUCUUACACUCUCAAGCAACUGUCAGAUGAUUAUUGUUGGUCUAUUUUUGCGGACAAUGCAUCCUUUCCUGAAUCAAAUGGGAGCUCAUCAGAAUUGGAAGGAGUAGGUAGAAAGAUUGUCGAGAGGUGUGAUGGCUUGCCGUUAGCUGCAGAAACACUUGGACGCUUGUUGCGCUCAGAGCAUCGUGUUGAAGAAUGGAAUAAAAUACUAUUGAGCGACAUUUGGGACUUUCCCGUGGAAAAUUGUAAGAUUGUUCCUGCAUUGUUGUUAAGUUACCAUCAUCUGCCUACUCAUUUAAAACGUUGCUUUGUUUAUUGUUCAUUGUAUCCCAAAGAUCAUAAACUUGAUAAAGAUAAACUAAUCUUGCUUUGGAUUGCUGAAGACCUUUUACAACCACCGAGGGGACAAACUUUAGAAGAAGUUGGUUGCAAGUGUUUUGAUGAUUUGGCUUCAAGACUAUUUUUUAAGCAGGUUGAUAACCAUGAUGAGAAGUAUUUCGUGAUGCAUGAUCUCAUGCAUGACUUGGCAACUUUUCUUGCUGGAGGUCUUUAUUGUAGAUUUUCAGAAUUUGGUGAAAAGAAAGAGAGGAGUAUUCUAACUCGUCAUCUGUUAGUCGAUUGUUCAAUCCGUAAGGAAACAUGCUCUUCUAGUAAAAUAGAAUCUUUGAGGACAUUAUUGUAUAUCAAUCAUGGAACUCGCGCAACAUUACCAUGUGACAUAUUGUCAAGGAAUAAAUACUUGAGAGUUUUGUCCGUUCAUACACUCAAUAUAUUUCCUUAUUCAACAGCUAAAAAAUUGAUCCAAUUGCGCUAUUUGGAUCUCUCUUGGAGUGCUAUUAAGAUAUUGCCCGAGUCAUUAUGCAACAUGUGCAAUCUACAAACUUUGAAGUUAGAAGGCUGUUCAAAGCUGACUAUGUUGCCUAGUAGCCUGGGUGACUUGAUCAACCUACGCUAUUUGGAUCUCACUUGGAGUGCUGUUAAGAUAUUGCCCGAGUCAUUAUGCAACUUGUGCAAUCUAAAAACUUUGAAGUUAAAAGGCUGUUCAAAGCUGACUAUGCUGCCCAAUGGCAUGUAUAAUCUUGUGAAUUUGCGGCAUCUUAAUAUAAGGGGUACUCCUCUGAAAGAAAUGCCAAAAGGAAUGGGCAAAUUAAAACAGUUGCACACUUUAAGCAACUUUGUGGUGGGAAAGCAAGAUGACAAUGGAAUGGAAGAGUUAGGAGGGCUUUUAAAUCUUCAUGGAUCGCUUAAGAUUCAGAAAUUGGAAAAUGUGGUUGAUGGCAAUGAGGCAAGGAGAGCAAGGAUAAUAGAUAAGAAGCACGUUGAUGAAGUAUUGUUGGAAUGGUCUCUAUCUUCAGGUGAUGAUAUGGUUUCAAACACACAUACUGAUGAAGAAGAUGUACUCCAGGGCUUGCAACCGCACCGUGUCUUGAAAGUGUUGAGAAUCAAGGGAUACAAAGGGAAAAUGUUUCCAGAUUGGAUUGCGCAUUCCUUGUACCAAAACAUGACACGUGUAUCUCUCAAGUCUUGCAUGAAUUGCUGCAUGCUGCCUUCACUUGGACAGCUGCCAUCUCUAAAGUCCCUCCGCAUUGAAAGGUUUGAUGAGCUGAAGAGCAUUGGCAAGGAGUUUUACAAGAAUGAAGGCGAUCAACAUUCUUCGCCUAUUGCACCGUUUCCCUCACUGGAGUCAUUGGAAUUUGAUAAGAUGUCAUGUUGGGAGGAGUGGCACUUACCUGACUCAGAAGCCUUUCCUCAGCUUAAGAGCCUUGAAAUAAGAGAGUGUCGAAUGUUAAAGGGAGAUAUGGUUAAUCAGGUAUUAAAGAGAAUCGUUUCUUCCUCAUCGGAUGUUUCCAAAGUGCGCCAACUGGAAAUAGGAGAAGGACAGCAUCAAAAGAUGAGACUUGAUGGGGAUAGUUUAACAAUUAGGGGAUUUGAAUCUGUGACGGAGUAUGCAUUGAAGGCAAGGAUCAUCCACCAUCUAACUUCCCUCCAAGAAAUAGAAAUCUCAUGGUGUUCAUCUGUUGUAUCCUUGGGGGGCAAUUGUUUACCCAAAUCUUUGCAAAAGCUCAGAAUAUAUAGGUGCAGCCAAAUUGAAUUACUCCAGCAACAACAGAAAUAUGAUUUGGUAGAUCUACAAAUAGAAGAGAGCUGUGAUUCACUGACCUCAUUGUCGUUGGAUGCCUUUCCCAAUCUCCAGAAUCUGGAGAUAUUCAGGUGUUCAAAUCUGGAAUCAGUUUCAGGGUCAAAGCCACCACACGCUGCUCUUCAAAGUCUCACCGUCUAUGAAUGCCCUGAAUUAGUGUCAUUUGCAGGAGAAGGACUGGCUGCACCCAACUUGACUCAUCUCCGCGUCACAAAAUGCCACAAGUUGGAGGCAUUGCCACGUGGAAUGAAUAGUCUUCUCCCAAAUUUAGAGUCUCUCCACAUACAAGGUUGCCCAAACAUUUGCAGGUCGCCAGAGGGUGGUUUGCCGCCUAACCUGAAACAGCUUAGUGUAGGAGGAUGCAAGGAACAAGUGAGGGGUCUAUCAUGGUUGGGCAACUUGGACAACCUCACUCAUCUCAUGAUUCUUGGUGAUGGCAGGGAGAGCAGAAUAAAGUCAUACCCAGAGGUGGGUUCGCUGCCUCGCCUUCCCUCCCUUACCACUCUUUAUAUUAAAUACUUUGAUAAUCUGGAGACAUUGGAGUGCAACGAGCUUCUCCGCCUCACCUCACUCCAACAACUACACAUUUUAUCCUGUCAUAAGCUGGAAAAUAUGGAAGGAGAAAAGCUGCCUUCCUCUCUCUUACUACUUCAACUUAACGGCUGUGGUUUGCUGGGCAAUCACUGCAAGAACAAGCAUCAACAAAUUUGGUCCAAAAUUUCCCACAUCCCCACCAUUCAAGUCAAUGGCAGACAAAUUUUCUGAGAAGAGAUUUCUGAGCAGAAACUGUGUUUUCUGAUGUAAUUAAGCUGGAUUGAUGUGUUGGGAACCAGAAACUGUGUUUUCUGAUUUUGGCUUCAAGUUAUUGAAAAGCAAAGACAUGAUGGAGAAAGUUGGUGGCACUCAUUAUUGAAAAGCUUUUGUUGUUGAUUUUCCAAGGUGACAAAGGUAUGUAGCUAAUGCAGUCAAGAUUCAAAGAAUAUGCUUUCCACAUUUGAAGAUGACAAUCAUGUACCUGAAAUAGUCGAAGAAGUUGUAGUGAUGUCAUCCGCAACAAUUUCGUUCCUAUCAACUUCACUCAAUAUGGAAGUACACUUGAGGUUUGGUAACCAUAUCUAAAUUAUCUUCAUUCAGUCUGAAGUUCAUCCUUACAAUUUUAGCUUCAGCAUUACACAUCUGCGGUUGGGAGUGGUUCAAUCUGGGAUUGUGCUAAAAUUUUGAUAGCAAGUUUUGGAUAUACAUUUUCAUUCUUAAUGGUUAGACGGUUAAGAUAAGAUUUGGAGGGUGAGAUAUGGCUUGCGCGUGCAAAGUAGCUCUGGUUUUGUAAAUUUUUCAUGUUUUUGGUUCACAUUUAUAUGCAUUGAUGCUUGGUUGUUUUGACUUGAUGUAAGCAUUUGAUUUGUGUACUUAUUUGAGAUUCUCUUGUAUCCCUACUUGAUUAUAGUGGUACUUCUUUUUUGGUCUGAA